CAUAGUGCGACGGGCUUAUCAACGAAAACCGGUUCGUGAGAUGGAUCGGGACACAGGUAUGUCAAGCAGCGGCACAGCACGGGUUCGUGAAAGAAAAGCGCAAAUAUGGCCACCGCCGUCGGCUUUCGCUCGUUCUCAUUGGGCGCCGAACGUUAUCACCGCCGGGUCGUUUCGUCACUCGGUCGCGUACAAGACGUGUGUCCGUCCGUCUUCCGUGAUUCGAGUUGCGACUACUGUUAAUGUUGUCUGUGCACGAGACGUAUUUUGACGUCGUUGUAGUUGUUGUUGUUGUUGUUGUUGUUGUUGUUGUUGUUGCCGCGUCGCUCGUUCAUACGCUGCCAACACGAUUGGUAUCGCGGGGGUAGGAGGCGCUCUGCCGUCUGUUGUGACGACGACGGCGGCGGCCUAUGAGCGCCAGUGACCGUCGGCAAGCGGUUCCUUGUGUGUCUGCCGCCCGUUCCAGUCCGCGGACGGGCUGGUGUUCUGCGUCAUCGGUCAACCGGUUGCUGUUGUGCAGUCGUCGACGAUAAAAUGGUCGCCCCAAUACUUGGCCGUUAACCACGCGAAAUCUGUUCGAGCUCAGUGCUAAACUCGAAGUGAAGACGUCGCGGCCAUGCAGUGCCAGUUCGGUGGCAUCGGGUCGAUGGGCGACGGCCGGAAGAAGGCCACCAGCGACACGCUGCCCAAACCGGGGAAGGUCAACUCCGUGUGCAAAGAAUGGCUAGUCCACGAAGACAGCGCCUUGGCGUAUCAUUUACAAAAAUUGGAAGUCGACGAACAUUACAGUGGGAAUCGUUCACGAAAUGCCAUUGUUCGACAAGACUUGCCCACAGCCAAGGAGGAACAGGAACGUGAAGUACGUGAAGCUGAAGAACGUUAUUGUGCAUUUAUCAAAGAACAGGAAGAAAAAGAUCUCAAAGUUGCAUUGGAAUUAGCAGAACAAUUAUCAAAAAAAAAAGGAACACAUUCCUUUGGAAUAAAGACAAAUCCAUCUGGGAGUAGACCAGGAAUAUUGAAAAAACAGUGUUCGCCUCAGUUUACUAAGAGUAUGGUCGAGUCUAAUGAAUAUACUGAAUUUGACAUUGAUGAUAUUUUGCAUGGAAUUGAUUAUGAGGAAGAGGUAAACCGUAGAAUCCAAGAAGAGAAGGAUGCUGAAUUAGCAAAACGCUUACAAGAACAAGAAGGAUGUCCUUUGUCUGUUGAAGAUAGAGAUAGAUUGAUUGCUAUUGAAACCCAAGACUGUGAACUGGCUAAACUUUUACAAGAAAAAGAAAAAGCGCGAUUGAGAAGAGCUCGUGAAAAAGCUAAGCAAAAAGCAUUAUUAAAAAAACAACAGCAGCAAUUGGAUGAAUCAUCUGAAAUUAUGGUUCCUACUCAAGAACCUCUCUCUAAUAUUGCAAUUGCUAUUGAUCCAACUUAUAGUUCAAGAAGAACAGAACUACAAGAUAUACCUUAUACUUCCACAGCUCUUUCGUCAUCAUUAGAUGAUGUUCCUCCGUAUAUGCCAAUUCAAGGACAACGGCGAAGCAAUCAGAUAGAAAAAAAAAAAGAAGUCUAAAACUACUGAAAGUGUUGCAUCAUUUUUCAAAGUAUUCAAAUAAAUGUUAGUGAUUGAUAUUCAAAAUGUAAUAUUUCAAUACUAACCUUAGUUAAUAAUAAUAAUUUUUAAAGUUAUUUUUAAUCAAAACCUGGUAUUCCGCCAAUUUAUGGAACUGUGUUCAUUAUCCAGUGGCGUAGAUACAAAUUAUUUUCUGCGGGGAGGGGGGGUGUUUAAGAGUCAAUUUCAUUAAAUUAUUGCAUAUC